UUGUAAAAUUUUGUUCAUCUUCUGAUUAUAUCGUUAUUCAUAAGGGCUCGAUUGUUAUAAGCGUGAAAAUGAGCACGAAGGCCAACAAAGAAAGUAGAAUUAAGAAGUGCAUAAAAGCACCAAUCCGAAUUCUAAUUAAAGCCAGGGAUUGCUACGUCCGGAGCCUGACCAAUUGUUCAGGCAGAAUGGGCUACGGAAGUGCCAUUGGCUCAUGUCCUGCUUUUACACAAAUCUCCUCUUUGCCCAGAAGUUUCAGUGCUAAUUUAUCUGCGUCUAGUGGUGAUGAUGAUUUCAGGGAGCUGAUGCGAAUUUCUUCGAGAAAAAAUCACGUGGAAUUGGAGAGCGUGAGGCAAAAAUCCAUCGAUAAAAAAGGGAUGAAUGUUAUGCCUCGGACUCGUUACGUUGCUAUUGGAAGAAUUGAUGAAGAAGAGCCCUGUGAUUUUGGUGAGGAAGUCAGAGUGAGCACAGAUGUUUAUCCAAGAAGUAGAAGUUAUGCUGUUUCUUCAGGAUGGACAACGAUGUCAGUUUGAAACAGAAUCCAAAGUAAAAAAAAUCAAAAAAUUUGGCAUCGUUUUUUUAAUUGGGGGAAGGGGAAGGGGAUUACAAUGGGAACGUAUCCUCACUAAUAAGGUAAGGUGAAGAGUGCAGAUAGUCGACCAACUAAACUAUUAAGAUUUCUCUUGGCAUCAGUUGUUCAAUCACCUGGAUUGUAAUUUGUGUUCUCUCUUCCGUUGUUAUCUGUUUUUGCAUAAACAUGUUCAAUUAAUUAGCGCCGUCAGUUCUCCAG